CGGGCCGCCCCAGGUUCCCCGGUAGCGGGAGCAGCAGGCGCUGCCCAUGGGCCGGGCCCGGGGUCCGGGCGCGCCGGGAGCCGGCAGGCAUGCCCUGGACGCUGAGUGCCUCCGACAUGGUCACCCCAGGCAGCCCCGGCCCACCCCCCACCGAGCCCACAGACAGCAAGCAGGCCGAGCAGCCCCUCCUGGAUGGGGCUCCAUCGUCAGCCUCCCUGGACACCCUGAUCCAGCACCUGGUGCCCACGGCCGACUACUACCCUGAGAAAGCCUACAUUUUCACCUUCCUGCUGAGCUCCCGCCUGUUCAUCGAGCCCCAGGAGCUCCUGGCUCGAGUCUGCCGCCUGUGCAUUGAGCAGCAGCAACUGGACAAGCCGGUGCUGGACAAGACCCGGGUCCGGAAGUUUGGCCCCAAACUACUCCAGUUGCUGGCCGAGUGGACAGAAACCUUCCCACGGGACUUCCAGGAGGAGUCAACCAUCGGGCACAUGAAGGAUGUGGUGGGCCGCAUCGCCCCCUGUGAUGAGGCCUACAGAAGGCGGCUGCACCAGCUGCUUCAGGCCCUGCACCAGAAGCUGGCAACCUUGGGCCCGGCGCCGGAGAGCCUGCUGGGCGGCGACAAGCCUGUCUCCUACAGGACCAAGCCACCAGCCUCCAUCCACAGGGAGCUCCUCAGCGUCUGCAGUGACCCCUACGUGCUGGCCCAGCAACUGACCCACGUGGAGCUGGCACGGCUGCGACACAUCGGGCCUGAGGAGUUUGUCCAGGCUUUUGUGAACAAGGACCCUCUGGCCAGCACAAAGCCCUGCUUCAGCGAUAAGACCGAGAACCUGGAGGCGUAUGUGAAGUGGUUCAACAGACUCUGCUACCUUGUGGCCACCGAGAUCUGCAUGCCAUCCAAGAAGAAGCGGAGAGCCCAGGUGAUCGAAUUCCUCAUCGACGUGGCCCGAGAGUGCUUCAACAUCGGCAACUUCAACUCUCUCAUGGCCAUCGUCUCCGGCAUGAACAUGAGCCCCGUCUCCAGGCUGAAGAAGACCUGGGCCAGAGUGAAGACAGCCAAGUUUUUCAUCCUGGAGCACCAGAUGGAUCCCACGGGGAAUUUCUGCAACUACCGGACGGCCCUGCGCGGAGCCGCCCAUCGCUCCCUGACCGCUCACAGCAGCCGGGAGAAGAUCGUCAUCCCCUUCUUCAGUCUGCUCAUCAAGGACAUCUACUUCCUGAACGAGGGCUGCGCCAACCGCCUCCCCAACGGGCACAUCAACUUCGAGAAGUUUCUGGAGCUGGCCAAGCAGGUUGGGGAGUUCAUCACAUGGAAACAAGUGGAGUGUCCCUUCGAGCAAGACCCCAGCAUCACGCACUACCUGUACACUGCCCCCGUCUUCAGUGAGGACGGUCUUUAUUUGGCUUCUUAUGAAAGUGAGAGCCCAGAGAACCACACAGAAAAAGAGAGGUGGAAAUCUCUCAGGUCUUCUAUUCUGGGGAAGACGUGAGGCUCAGGGAGCUGGAGGAGGAGGCGGAGGAGGAGAGGAAGCCCUGACGCAGCUGGCCCAGAGGUCAGGGGGGAGGCCUGGGUGCCUCGCUGCUUUGCCCACAAUGACCCCGUGGCCUGGUGCCGACACGCUGACCACGUGGCUCAGGAGACGUUUCUCCUCCUUUGGUGAGACCUUGAUCCUGGCAGGGCCCAGGACCUCCAGACUCGUGGGCCGCCCGUGCCUCCGAGGCCCUGCCUGCAGGACCGUGGUGGCCACACUGCCGAGCAGUCUGUCCAUCCUCCACGAGGACCCACUCUCCCCAGGAGACUCCAGCGUAGAGGCCAAUGCCACUCUGCCGCCAGGGACCCGAGAGACUGGCAUGCUGUGAGAGGGGCCCCACCCUCUACAGAGGGCCUCUCCCCUGCCCCUGGAGAUGGACUGGUUUCUGCAGCCCUGGGCACCCCAUUUCUGGAUCUUUCUGGUGACAGCUGGGACACUGGUCAGCAGGACAGAUUUGAGUCAUGAGUUGGCAACCUGUACAGCACCUUGUAAACUGUUGAGCUGGUAUAAACACAUUCACACACCACGA